UUUAGCGGCGGACGGUACUUGCAAAUAAACAUUACAUUUUCUCAGGUAACGACUCGACGAUAUAUGGGAGCUAACCAAAGCUCGGUUCUUUGAGCACGGUUCGGUUUUUGUUGGCAUAUAGCUGCUAGUGUGCUGAGCGGAUUACUCGCUUUUUCUUUGGUGCUUUUAACUCGCGUCACCAACUUGUCGUCUGCCGCUGCUGCUGGUGCAUUAUUAAAGCGUUCCAAGAUGCCUAUGGUGCUGCGAUCCAGGAAGACCACAGGCGACAGCAGUGAGGAAGAGUCAACGGCAGAGACGACCUCGGUAAAACCCAGAAGGUCGACCCGCCUGCGCCUCAGAGUUACGUACGAGGAAACCCAUGACUUCGACUCCGAAACGCAAGUGAUGGAGAACCGUCCCGCUGCCCAGCCAGAGCCGGAGCCCGAGGAGGAGCAGGCUGCUGAGGAGACAGCGCCAACGGAGUUGAAAGACUGCACCAUCGUGCUGCACCAGUUAGAAGAAGGAGAAAAGGUUCAGAAAAGGGAAGCGGAGGACAAAGAAGACAUGAACCGUAAAUCUGGCAAACCCGCCUCCCGGAUUCCUACCUUCCACAAAAGACCUCCAAGUGCAGGCCAAAGCUCAGAGCUGCCCCUUCCCAAAAAGGAUACUCCUGUCCAUGGAAGUGCGGAAGCUUUGAAAAUCAAACCGCUAGAUGUCAGAGAAAAGCCACUCCCCCAGGUGUCAGUCAAAACUCCAAAACCCAGCUCAGAGGAUCCUCAGCCGUUCACCGUGGUUGAACCGGUCACUGCAGCAGCCCAGAGCUCCGUCCCCAGUGCCUUCAAAAACCUGGGCUUCUCCGCGUCUCUCCAGUCUCCCCUUCUCACUGCGAGCCCCAGACCGGCCAUCAGACCAGAUCACGGGUUAGAGCUGUAUUUACCAGAACAAGUCAUGAGCAGAACCCCACAAGUAGAAGAUGAUUUCACACCAAAUGACCACGUAAGCAACCUUUCAGAGGAGGAGUUCCUCGGCCUGAAGUCACCGCAGGUCAUACCAGACAGGUUUAAAGCCGAGGUCAGGAGCAGGCUGUCCGUCACUCCGUCCAGAGACGCAAAAACGUCCGAGUCCGGAGACAGCGUCCCCGAACUCCCUGACUUCAACCAAGUGGAAGCCAUUAUUGACGAAGCGGCACCAUGGGAAACUGAGUCCAUGACCAUAUCUGAAAUGAAGGAAACUGGGACACCCACUGAUUCUGAAUUUGAGGAGGAACUAGUAGCUGAAAAGUCUGAGUGCUGCGAUUUAGAGGAAGAGAACGACGACACUGACGCAAGUGAAGAUCAGCCACAGGCGGUUUCAGAAGCACCGCAGCAGAGAGACGAUCUGGAUGAACCCACACCUCCUGAGGCAGCAGAGACCUCUGCUGAAGUCACAACAACCAAGUCAACCAAGGCCUCGAAGAGCUCCUGUUUGGCCUACCUCUGCCUGCUGCCCACCACUCUGCUGCUCCUUUGUGGGUUGGGUCAUCAUGUGUGGCACUACGGGCUUCCCCUGUCUGUGGACCAACUUACGGCUCAGCUGGAGCUCCACUUUCUGGACGGCCUCGGUUUGGUCUCGGAUCCGUGCAGCACCGACUGUCGGGUGCAGCUGGUGGAGAGCGUCCCCGUCGGUCUGUACCCGUCCUCCCCCUCCUCCAGACUGAGUAUUGCAGACAGUUGGCUGCACCUGCUGAAGAAGGCCAACAAAUCAGUCGAUAUCGCCGCUUAUUACUUCACGCUGAGAGGCAGCGAUACACAGACAGCGCCCCCCUUUGACUCUCAGGGGAGACAAGUUUUUGAGCACUUGAAAAAACUUGAAUCUAAAGGAGUGGGACUUCAAAUCAUUGUCAACGGGCCGCAGAAAUCAACCCAGGACACAGCAGACUUGGCUGCAACAGGUGCAGAAGUCAGAGAAUUGGACCUCACAAAUACAACUGGAGGAAUCAUCCACACCAAGCUGUGGGUUGUGGACCAGAGGCACAUGUACCUGGGAAGUGCCAACAUGGACUGGCGUUCUCUCAGUCAGGUGAAAGAAGUCGGCCUGUCAGUGGAGGACUGCAGCUGCCUUGCUCAAGAUGCCUUUCGAAUCUUUGGUGUUUACUGGAUGGUUGCCGGUGCCAAAAAUGGAUCUCUGCCUCCGUACUGGCCCGCUCGCCUCUCUGCUCUGUCCAGCGCCCAGAACCCUCUUCACCUGAAGUUCAACGGCGUGCCAGCCCAGGUCUACCUGUCUAGUGCCCCUGCUCAGAUAUCUGCCCGCGGUCGCACCGACGACCUGUCCGCCAUCCUCUCCGUCAUCAACGACGCCCAGGAGUUUGUCUACGUCUCCGUCAUGGACUACCUUCCUCUGUCUCAGUUCACAGAGCCACUGAGGUUCUGGCCCACUAUCGACACUGCCCUGCGGGCUGCGGCCUGCACUGGAGGAGUGGAGGUCAGACUGAUGGUCAGCUGCUGGGAGCACUCACCCGGUGCCAUGUUCCCUUUCCUGCAGUCGCUGCUAGUGCUCAACAGGCCUCCGUUGAACUGCAACAUCAACAUUAAAAUCUUUAGAGUGCCUUCAACUGAGGAGCAGAAGAAGAUUCCCUUCGCACGAGUCAACCACGCCAAGUACAUGGUCACAGACAGAGCUGUGUAUUUAGGGACGUCCAACUGGUCGGAGAAUUAUUUCACUAAAACAGCGGGUGUGGGUCUGGUUGUGAACCAGACCGGCUCAGUGGUCAGAGAAGGUCAGCAGACUCUGCAGAGUCAGGUGGAGGAGCUCUUCCUGAAGGACUGGAGUUCCCCGUAUGCCAGCGCUCUGUCCGUGGACAGCGUGGACGUCUGUCCUAAUCUCUGACAUGCUGGAUUUUUUUUCCGUCGAGUAAAGCACGUCAUACAUGAGCAUUUGCUUCAUCCUGCCACUUGAAACCUUACUUUUUAAAUGUGCUGAACUCAGUUUGCUGUGCUGUGUUGAUCUUUCCAGUCUGUCCUUUUCUGUAUAUAAUUUUAUUUUUCAUUGUUGUUGUUUUGUCAUUUUUUUAUAUACUGAUUUUCUUAAACAAGUUGAGGGAAAACCGUCUUUGUAUAAUUAAGUUCAUGCCCGGAGCGUUUUGUAUAUUUUUCUUAGACAAAUGUCUGUUUAAAGCCUGAACAAUCUCACGCUGGAAACUGAACAGCUCCAAGGAAAUGCAACUGCAAUGACACGUUUACGCUGCUGAUGCUGUCUAGUCAAUCCAUCAGUCCAAGGCUGAAGUUCAAAUGUAGUGGAACAACCUGCGCACUUGUUUCUGUGGACGGAUGUUUUAUUUUUAUGUGGUUUUUAAAAAACCUGUAUCCCUGCAUUGAAGCUGAUUUUCUGUAUCGAUAAUUUCUGAAGUGUUAACAGAGUCCAGUGGCUCUGGAUGGAAGAGGUUACAUCUGUUUAACUGUUUGAUUAAAACCUUGACCUGGGGG